AUGAUGCGUGUGCAAAUGGAAGUAAACGAAGCACAGGAUGACGGCCGCAUCUGCAUUCCUUCAAAAAUAUUACUGGAAUACCUGAAAAAUCUGCCGGAGCAGCCGAUCACGUUUACCAUCAACGAAAAAGAUCUUUCUAUUGAAAUGGCGUCCAGUGUGGGCAAGUACCGCAUUGGUGGUGAGAAGGCCGAUGAUUUCCCUAAAGAGCCGGCUCCGGGUGAUGCCACUACCUUCAGCAUGCCCUCUAUCGCGCUGAUAGAAUGUAUCAAUAAAACCUUGUUUGCCGUAAGUACCGAUACCUUGCGCCCGGCCAUGACCGGCGUGUACUUUGAGCUGGCCACCGAUAGUAUGAACUUUGUAUCGACCGAUGCACACCGCCUGGUACAGUUUCGCCGCAACGAUGUAAACUGCCCGCAGGUAAUGAAUGGAAAGCUGAAGCUGCAACGUAGAAAAGUAAAGCUGGGCGAUUAUGUACGCAUCGGCCUGCCGGGUCCUGACAAUGAGGAUAGAGCGGGCUACGACUGGGUGGAAGUAAAGACCCUGAAGUUUUCAUCCGGCAAGCGCAAAGAGCAAUGUGUGCUGACCAUGAUGCCUUGCCCGGUGCCUGGUGGCGAUAAUAGAACCACGGCACAUUUCUUCUCCGGUGAAUCCAGCAGCACCUUCCUGCUCACCCGCGACAGCCGGCUGGUUACCGCAGAAUAUUACGGGCAUAACGAGGUGCCGAAUACCGCGACUUCCGGCAUUGGGGAAACUGUGCGUAAUCUGACCGUAGCCAGUGGGGCAAUAUUGGGCCUUUCUGAUAUGCUUUGGGAGCCACUCACCAAAGGAUUGCUGAUGGAUGGCACCACUCUGCGGGACCUGCAGGCGCAAACCGUCAAUAGCUAA